UAUAUACAAAUUAAUCACGUUAUCUGGGUGGAGAAGGCAGUUUUGGGGUCGGAAAUUGAUAAAUGUGAGAGGCAGAGCGGGAGGAUCUGGCACCGCUGGGAGGAAGGCGGCGCUACAAGAUGGUCGCCGGGAGAGAGGAGAAGGCCUACGUCUCACCGCUUUUCGCAGAUUUCAGCCAAUAUUCUCGGGUGUGUGGCCAGCAGGUGUGGUGUCGUGGUGGCGGGGGUGGAGGAAGUGACCCUGGAGUCAACACGCACGGUGGUGGUGGCGCCACCCUCACCCACCUCAGAGAUGUCUGGGGAUCACAAAAAGGUGAUCAAGGGGAGUCCAUCACAGUAUGUGAAGCUCAAUGUAGGCGGCUCCCUCCACUACACCACCAUUGGCACCCUCACCAAGCACGACAACAUGCUGAGGGCCAUGUUCUCCGGCCGCAUGGAGGUGUUGACAGACUCUGAGGGGUGGAUCCUGAUAGACCGGUGUGGGAAGCACUUUGGCACCAUCCUCAACUACCUCCGUGAUGAGUGGAUCCCCAUUCCCGAGAACCAGCGAGAGUUGCAGGAACUGCUGGCAGAGGCAAGGUACUACUGUAUGGGUGACCUGGUGGAGGUGUGUGAGGGGGCAGUGCGGCAGCGGGAACCUGAAAAGGACCCGGUGUGCCGUGUGCCUCUCAUCACAUCACAGAGGGAGGAACAAAUGCUCAUCCAGUCCACCAGCAAACCUGUAGUGAAGUUACUGGUGAACAGACACAACAACAAAUACUCUUACACAAGCACAUCAGAUGACAACUUACUGAAGAACAUUGAGUUAUUUGACCGCCUGUCCCUGAGGUUUAGCCGCAGAGUUUUGUUCAUCAAGGACGUGAUCGGCUCUAACGAAAUCUGUUUGUGGGCGUUCUAUGGACAUGGCAAGAAGCUGGCGGAGGUCUGCUGCACCUCCAUCGUCUACGCCACAGACAGGAAACACACAAAGGUGGAGUUCCCUGAGGCCAGAAUAUAUGAAGAGACCCUCAAUGUCUUACUGUACGAGAAUCGAACUGGUCCUGAUGCAGAGUUAAUGCAGGCCACCUCCACACGCGGGGCUGUGGCACCGGUUGUGUGCACCUCUGAUGACGAGGAGGAGAGACGUGGCGGCGCUUGCUCCCAGUCAGGCCUUGGACGGCUACGCUCCAACAAGAACAACUAACAGCUGCUGUGGGUUAGCGGGAGUGAAGCAAAGCUGCACCAUCACCAGUCACGGUCGGUUCUUCUCCCAGGCCUUUAGAGGAGCUGAGGUUUAUCAUGACUUCAGAGGCCUUGCUCAAACCAACUUCACUGAAGCUACCUACAGUAGUAACAACACACUGAGGUAGUUUUUGUACACGGCUGUGGAAGGUAUUUGACAAUAAUUUGUCCGUAGCUGUAGUGUACAAGGUCCCGUAGUCUUGGGGAGAUUGGCUCAGUCUUCCCGUAGUAGACACAGGGAGAGGACCCAUUGAUUGGUGUCUUGACUGUGAUCCAGAGUCUAAGGGUAAGAUAUAUCCUUCUCUAAAUGGCAUUGUCUAGUUGCGCUCUCAAUCAUUAGGUGGUUUUCAUUCUUUAUAUUUUAGGUGCUCUAUAUUUUGUGCUAUAUUUUCAUUUAUUAAUAGAGGCAAAGGAGAGGUCUAUGAUGUACUGCUUGGCUGCCACUUUUCAACAUUUCUCAAGUUUUGAGCUUGUGUUGAUGCUCCAGGCAGGAGUUUCUUGGUAAGGAACUUGCCUAAAUAUUUUCCAAAAAGCACUUCUGUGAUGAAUGUAGACAAAAUGAUAUCAGGGAAACGCAUUGCCAAGAGAGUUUUUGCAUGACACUAAUUAUGACUGAAGGGUUCAUGUUACUUAACUAAGUGUCCUCGGUAGUGAGUACAGUGUAUAUAGACCAUAUAUCGUAGGUGUAAAGUGUUCAUUACUACUCCAGAUUAUAGUCCUUAAUAUGCUUACUCCAGUUCCUUGGCAAAGAGGUCACAGCAUCCUAGGGUUGUUAUAUGUGGAGACUGGACCCUCUCCUAAUAGUUAUGCUGAGAACACUCAUCAAAAGUGCCAUGGCUCUUAAAUCCACAUCCUGCCUCAGUAGGAAACUGAGUCAUGGAUAGAUUAAGCAUAGGAAGUGUCAGACAGUAGAAGGGUGAAGUAACCAUUAUCGUGAUAUCGGUUGUUUCACCUUUCUAACAUUGAAGGUUUAAUAAUUAUAAGUGUGAGGAAUGGGACAAAAUAUUUAAUUUCUUUCCAAAGCACUUAGUUUGAUAUCAGAGUUCAGAUGCCAAAGUGUAUGCUAUAAUUUUUUAUUUGAAGACUGCAGUUGAAGCCUCGUCAGGCUUUGUGAGGUCAGCUGUCAGGAAAUCAUAUUUCAUGUUAUAUUUUAUAUAUAGCUUUAUUUUACAUUUCACAGGGGUCAGGUGGCUCCAUAGUCGAGUGCUUAGCUCAUGUUUGCUAGGAGAUGAGUUUGUGCCUCAGUCAUGGCAGCUCCUUAAUGAAAAGGUAACAAUAUUAAAAUAAUUACAAUUCUAUUACUUUUCUAGUUGCCUGGCUCAAGGAUUACUUCAUAAAUAAGAUUGUAAUGGCCAAACAUAAGAGACAGUAAUAAGAAUAAUUCACUAAAUAGUUAUUUUACUCUCAAUGCAUCAUGCGUCAUCAGUGACUAGACUCGUGUAAGCACAGCGUUGAGUGGUAACUGGAAGGAGUGCACAAGUGGCAAACAGCAGUAAUGUUUGCAUUAUGCAGAUUAGUGCAAUAAUCAUGGCUAGAUAUAAGGAAGGAAAGUUUUGUUUCUGGUGAAUAACAAAUACUAUAGUGAAACCAGAUUGGUGAGUCCAUUUUGGUGUUGGCUCCUGUGAAUCCUUUCCUCCCCUCUGCUCUGCCACACAGUCCCAACACCUAUUUUUUCCUCUUAUAUGUUACCUACAGCUAACAUAAGAGA